GUCUUGGCCACGGACGAGGAUGAGGAGGACAACGGCAGCAUCAUCUACAGCAUUGAGGAGACCAAGUGGAGCGACCUCUUCACCAUCGACCCCAACACAGGCAUCAUCUCCGCCAAGCCGGGACUCGACGCAAAGGAAGAUUACGAGUUCAAGGUCCAGGCAAUCGACAGCGGCCGUCCCCCCCAGUCCAGCAUGUGUCUGGUGGUGAUCAACCUGGUGGCGGUGGGUGAAGCGUCCCCCGCCUCCCCCACCGUGGCCCAGCCGGAGGGGGCGGUGACGGUGCUGGAGAGUGACCCCGUCGGACACCACGUGACGCUGAUCGAGGCCCAGGACGAUGAUGGCGACCAGCUCUGGCUUGACAUUAUUGAUGGUGACCCGGACAACAUCUUCACCAUCGGCCGUGACUCAGGCAGCGUGAUGGUGGCGCGACCUCUCGACGCCGAGCGGAAGUCACUCUACAACCUGACCAUCUCUGUCACUGAUGGCGUGCACGCUGUGUCCACCCAGCUCAUCGUACGAGUGUUGGACGUGAACGACAACCGCCCCGUCUUCUCCCAACCGACGUACGAGGUGGAGGUGGGCGAGAACACGGCUCCCGGCACCACCAUCUUCACCCUCACCGCCUCAGACCCAGACUCAGACCAGCACCUCACCUUCACCCUAGUCAACACCGCCCACGUCGCCUCGGCCACCAAGUUCAGGGUCAGCCCCAUCAGCGGAGAUAUUGUGCUACUUGAACCGCUGGAUAGGGAGGUGCAGGAAGAGCACAUCCUCACGGUGGGCGUCAAGGAUCGCAUCACCCCCACCAAGAGCGCCUACGCCCGAGUUAUCAUCAGGGUGCGCGACUACAACGACCACGCCCCAAAGUUCCUGGCCACCCUCUACAACGGCACGGUGGCGGAGACGGCGGCGAUUGGCACGACGGUGGUGGAGGUGGUGGCGGUGGACAGGGACAAGGGCGCCAACGGACAGAUCAUGUACUCCAUUAUAUCAGGAAACAUCGGUGGCGUCUUCAGCCUGGACCCCGAGACAGGCAUCAUCUCCCUGGCCCGCAACGUCAGCCGCCAGGAGAUGCCCGAGUACUGGCUGGCCGUGCGGGGCAGUGAUAACGGCUCACCUCCCAAGCACUCCCACGUCACUGUCAACAUCCACGUCAAGAUUGCCAGCGGAGCGCCACCGAGGUUCCUGAAAAAGGUGAACGUCUUUGAGGUGAGCGAGGCGGCGCGUGUCGGGGACUACCUCGGGGUGCUGGAGGCCGAGAGUCGCCUGGGUGUGAUCUUCUCCUUCAUUGGGGACUCCAGGCGCAACCCCUUCGUCAUCAACCCCGCCUCAGGAAUGGUGUCCCUCGACCAGAAUGUGGAUUUUGAGGAAGUGCAGUCCUACAACUUCACCGUCCUGGCCUCCUCCAUGAACAACCAGGAGGCCGCCGCUCAGCUCAUCAUCAACAUCCGCGACGAGAACGACAACCCGCCCUUCUUCACCAAGAGCUUCUACAGCGGCCACAUCUCGGAGGCGGCGGCGGUGAACUCGGUGGUGCUGAUGGAGGACAACCGGCCGCUGGUCAUCUCGGCGCGGGACAAGGACUCGGACCAGAACGCCAACCUGGUCUUCACGAUUCUUGGGGAGGAGGCGCGGCGAUACUUCACCAUAGACUCAUCCACUGGUGCCAUCAGGACCGUGGCACCGCUGGACCACGAGGUGAUCGCCGAGGUCAAGUUUGGGGUGAGCGUACACGACAGCGGGCACCCCAGACUGGCCGCCCCCACCACCGCGACCGUCGUCAUCACCAUCACCGAUAUCAACGACGUGCCGCCCCGCUUCCUCCUGCAAGAGUACAACGCAACUCUCCUCACGCCAACAGAGAGGGACGUCUCGGUGGUCCAACUCAACGCCACGGACCUCGACUUCGAAGGGAAAGUCAACCUGGUGUACGAGAUCGCCGACGGGAACAAGGACGGCAAGUUCAAAAUCAACCCUCGGACCGGACUCAUCACUGUCAACAACUCGCGGAACUUUGUCCUCCACUACCAGCUCAAGGUGACGGUGAGCGACGGGGAGUUUGCGUCGAGUGUGCCGGUCAACAUCCGCGUGGAGCCCAUCCCCCGCACCGGCCUAAGGUUCAGCCAGGAGCGGUACUUCGUGGCGGUGCAGGAGAACAACACACGUCAGGACAGAGUGGCCAUGGUGCACGUCCUCGGCAGCUACCUCAACGAACACCUCACCUUCAGGAUCCUCAACCCCACGGACAUGUUCAUCAUCGGAGACACGUCGGGCGUCAUCGAGACCACCGGCAAACCUUUCGACCGAGAGGUUCAAGACAACUACCUCCUGAUUGUUGAGGUUCGCAGCGUGGCGCACACCAUCCCGGCAAGGGUGGCGCACGUCCAGGUCCGUGUGGUGGUGACGGACGUGAACGACAACGCCCCGAUCUUCGUCAACACGCCCUACUAUGGGGUGAUCUCCGUCGAGGCAAAGAGAGGCGAGGUUGUCUUCAGGGUCCACGCCACAGACUUCGACACGGACGCCAACAAGGAGGUGCGUUACGAGCUGCACCGCGGCGACGGGGAGGUGUUCGGCGUGGACCGCACCACUGGGGACAUCCGCCUCAAGCAGACACUGGAGGGCCUCAAGAGCGAGUACGAGCUGCUUGUUAGCGCUUACGACGGAGGCUCACCACCCCUGUCGUCACAAGUUCCAGUCCGCCUCAAAGUCGUGGACAGGUCACAGCCGAUAUUUGACCGACAGUUCUACAGCGCGACGGUUGCCGAGAACGCCGACGCCCACACCCCCAUCGUGACCGUCAGCGCCCACAGCCAGCUCAACCGCAAGCUGAUCUACACCAUCGUCAGCGGCAAUGAGCACCAGAGCUUUGCCAUGGAGCACGAGGAAGGGCUGAUACGAGUGCAGGACAAACUGGACUACGAGGCUCAGAACUCCUACCAGCUGACGGCGCGCGCCACGGACAGCUACUCGGGGAAGUGGGCGGAGGUGGUCGUGUCCGUGCAGGUGAUCGACGUCAACGACAACCCGCCCGUCUUCCUGCAGCACUUCUACAACAUCACCGUCUCCGAGGCCACCGCCAUCGCCACGCCCAUCCUCUCGGUCACCACCACAGACCAGGACACGGGGCCCAACGCGGGGGUGAGCUACGGUCUCCUGGGGCUAAACGGAACUGCCCCCAAGCACUUCUACAUGGAGGCGAAGAGUGGUAUGUUGAUCCUGAAGCAGCGGCUGGACCGGGAGACAACACCGGUACAUCACUUCCUGGUGCAGGCCGUUGAUAAGGGCACGCCGCAGCUCUCCUCCACGGCACACGUCCUCAUUACGGUGCUGGACAUGAACGACAACCCGCCAGUGUUCGAGCAGCAGUCCCAGCUGUGUGUGGUCACCGAGAGUGCCACGCGGGGCCACUUCGUCACCCUCAUGUCGGCCUCGGAUGAAGACAUCAGCGACGUGGACAAACUCACCUACUCGGUUGUCGACGGUAACGACCUCCAGGUGUUUGCCAUCGACUCGGCCUCAGGCGUGGUAACAGUGUGGAACAGCCAGAAGCUACGUGCGACCAGCGACCACGUGCUCAACAUCUCGGUGAGCGAUGGCGUCUUCACGGCAUACACGCGCCUCCUGGUCUCCAUCACGCCCGUCAACGCCCACUCCCCGACCUUCAAAGUGGCCCAGUACAGCGUCCACAUCAGGGAGAACGGCCCCCUCAAGACCACCAUCGCACAUGUCUCAGCGCGCGAUGUGGACUCAGGCCGGUAUGGGGAUGUGACGUACCAUUUCAUCGGCGACAUGGCCCACAACUCCUUCAGGAUCAACGAGAACACGGGCGAGGUGUGGACGGCCGAGGUGUUUGACCGCGAGGCGACGUCUGAGUACUCCUUCACGGUGAUGGCCAUGGACAUCGGCGGACGCACGGGCUUCACCACGCUGCACGCCACGGUGGACGACGCCAACGACAACAAGCCGCUCUUCGUCCAGUCCGUCUACAAAGUGGUGAUGAAGGCCAACACCACCACUGGCUCCUCCAUCCUCAAGGUGAAGGCCGAGGAUGCUGACGAGGGGGUGAACGGCACUGUUACUUACCACUUCCAUAUCUCGACUCUGCCCGACGUGAUGGAAGCCUUCGACCUCAACUCUGACACCGGGGAGCUCAGCCUCAAGAAGAAUAUACAGGAGCUGGGAAGCACGCUGUAUGAGUUCUUCGUGGUGGGGCGUGACGGGGGCCGGCCGAGCCUUCACUCCCAUGUCCCGGUGGUGGUGCGUAUUGUGGACUCCGACUUGAAGGUGCCGGAGUUCCUGUCCAAAAUCUACACUCUUACCGUACCCGAGGACACACAGCCUGGCACACAAAUAGGCUCGGUGGGCGCUCGCUUCGACGGAGAGCUUGAGUAUUCGAUCGAGUGGGGCGGACAUGAGUCAUCGCCGCCUGUGUCCGUCUCCCCGCUGGGCUCCCUCACCCUCACCGCCCUGCUGGACCACGAGAAGGACCGGAGACUGUCCCUCAUCGUCACUGCCACCCCUGUUGACCGCCCCGAACUGGCCUCAAGCACCAAUGUUGUCCUGGAGGUUCAGGACAUAAACGAUGAGUCCCCGACCUUCGAGAGCGAGAAGUAUUAUGUGUCGGUUGCUGAGAACACUCCCUCAGGCUCUAAUGUUGUCAAGGUCUGCGCCCACGACGGGGACACUGGCAGCAACUCUGAGAUCCGCUACAUCCUGGAGGAGUCAUCGCCGCUGGUGGAGGAGCCGGUCUUCACCCUCGACCCAUACUCCGGCUGGCUCUCCCUCAACCAGGAGCUUGACGCAGAGCAGAAGUCAAAAUAUGAGCUUACGGUCAUCGCCAAGGACAACGGGACGCCUCAGAGGAGCUCCACCGCCAGUGUGAUCAUUGAGGUCAUCGACUACAACGACAACCCGCCAGAGUUUGCCAGCCACAACUAUCGCUCCUCCGUGAAAGAGGACGCGCUGCCGGGAACGGUGGUGGUGCAGAUGGACGUGUUGGAUUAUGACCUUGGCGGCGGGGCUCUGGAGGGGGAGAUCAGCCAGGGCAUCACCUACUACCUCACGGCUGGCAACGCUCUCCAGCACUUCCACGUCCGCGGCGGAGGGCAGAUCUAUGUGGCCAAGGCACUCGACAGGGAGACCAUGAAGAAUUACACGCUGGAGGUGACGGCCACAGAUGGAAUGUUCGUCGCCCGGGCCUGGGUGUUCAUUGAAGUGCUGGAUGUCAAUGACAACGGGCCGCUCUGUACCACCCCCCAGUACCACUACACCAUCAGCGAGGCCGCGUCCCCGGGCACACACCUCCUGCAGGUCACCGCUUCCGACCCUGACCUUACCUCGCAGCCGCAGUUCUACCUCACGGGCCAGGGAGCGGGAAUGUUCAUGCUGGACGUCAACACCGGUCACCUCAGCACCGCCAAGACCCUGGACCGAGAGACCUUCCCGGAGUACAGCUUGCAGGCCACGGUGAGGGAUGGGGACAGGCCGGACUGGGAGUGCUCGUGUGAGGUGCGGAUCGAGGUGACGGAUGUGAACGACAACGCGCCCGUCUUCAGCAUGUCAAGUUACAGCAUCAACGUGCCGGAGAACUCGCCCGAAAAUCUCCUGUUGCUGAAGGUGCAUGCCUCGGACCCAGACCAAGGCAUCAACCGGAAAGUGACCUACGACCUCGAGGGGCAUGAGAUCUUCGUCCUGGACCAGCAGACCGGCAUCCUCAGUGUGACGAAGACCCUCGACCGGGAGAGCCGCGCCAUGUACAACCUCACCGUCACCGCCAAGGACCACGGCACGCCCCAGCAGGCCUCCAGAACCAACAUCCUCGUGCUCGUCUCUGAUGAGAAUGACAACCCACCAGAGUUCGCCAGCCACACCUACUACACCACCGUCACCGAGAACGCAAACAUUGGGACGGACAUCGUGCGCGUCCUGGCCACCUCGCGGGACUCCGGGAAGAACGCUGAGAUAACCUACUCCAUCAUCGGAGGAAACGAACACAGAAAGUUUGGCAUCCAUCCCAAGAUAGGUGUUGUGUCCAUUCAGGAGCCGCUGGACUACGAGAGGGCCUACUCCUACCAGCUGACAGUUCAGGCCACCGAUGGAGGGGAGCCGCCACUCUCCAACCACGCCACCGUUAACGUCACCGUCACCGACAUCAACGACAACCACCCCAUCUUCCUGCAGAACUCCUACUCUGUGAUUGUCAAUGAGGCGGCCAUCAUGGGGGAGAAUCUGAUACAGGUGGUGGCCAGUGACAUGGACAGCCAAGCCAAUGGAAGGAUAUUCUACGAGAUCGCCAGCGGAGACCCCGAGCACCAGUUUAAGAUCAACCGCAACUCAGGCUGGAUCUCCGUCGCGGCUCCCCUCGACCGGGAGUCCGUGGCCUCGUACAACCUGGAAGUGGUGGCUCUCGACCAGGGUAUCCCGCAGCGCUCGGGCUCGGUCAUGGUCAACAUUGAAGUGAGCGACGCCAAUGACAACCCGCCGCUGUUCGUCGAGACCAAUCACACGGCUUAUGUCCAGGAGGACAAGCCGGAGGGUCACCUGAUAUUCAAGUUCGAGGUGCGGGACGACGAUGAUGAUGCCUCGAUGAACGGCAGCCCCUUCACCUUCGAGAUCCACUCCGGGAACGACAACAACGCCUUCAGGAUCACGCAGGACGGGGAGCUCUGCACGGCCACCAAGUUCAACCACAAGAUCCAGGACCACUACCGCCUACAGAUCCGAGUGUACGACAAUGGUAGCCCCCCGCUCUUCUCGGAGACCUGGAUUGAUGUGAAGAUCAUCGAGGAGUCCCGCUACCACCCAGUCGUGUUCCCGCUGCACAUCACGGUCUUCGUACACACCGAGGAGUACGAGGGCGGCGUGCUGGGCAAGGUCAAGGCGGCUGACGAGGACCCUUACGACAUCCUGACCUUCUCCAUCAGCGACGACCCUCUCGGCAUGAGCGAGAUUUACUUCGACAUCAACCCUCGUGAUGGGACGCUGUCAUCUGUGGGGGGGCUGGAGGAAGGCGCGUACACCGUCAACAUAUCGGUGACGGAUGGCAAGUUUACGGCGUUCAGCAAUGCGGAAGUGGAUGUAAUUAACGUGACUGAGGACAUGGUGGACAGUGGCGUCAUCAUCCAGCUCGGAGGGGCCAGUCCGGAAGAGUUCCUGCUCUCGUACCGACGCAGCUUCCACAGGGCGAUUAAGAACCUCCUGAACGUGAAGUCCCGCGACGUGAUCAUCCUCAGCCUCCAGGACAGCCCCAGCAGGAUACGAAGGAACAGCCGGAAGAAGGCGUACGGGAAGACAUCACCCUACCGACGCGGGAACCUGGACGUCCUGUUUGUCGUGCGGAAAUCCAUCGACGACUUCUACCCGAGGAACUUCGUGCGUAAGAAGAUAUUCUCCGGACGCGAAACCCUCGAGUCCGUGCUGGGCCUGAGUGUGAUGGGGGUGGUGGAGGACGAGUGCACGGCGGAGACCUGCGAGAACGGGCUGUGCGAGGAACACGUUGUACUGGACGAGGAACAAGUGAACAUCAUAACAGACACUCUGAGCUUCGUGUCGCACCACCACCACCACGAGGCCAAGUGUCAGUGUAACAUCGGGUUCUCCGGCGUGCGCUGCAACAUCGUGGACAACCAGUGCGCUCACAACCCCUGCCCGUCCUUCAAGACCUGCAAGCCCGAUGUGUCUCGUCUCGGCUUCAUGUGCCUCUGUCCUGACGGUCUCGUGGGUCCGGACUGUCGGCAGAACAAGUCCAGCUGCGUCCAGGAGAGCACCAGACCGGGAUGCUACAGUCCGGUGUCGCCCAUGUCGUUCAAGGGGAAGAGUUAUGCCCAGUACCUGCUCCACAACCCCAUCCGACGGCACUUCUCCCUCUCCCUCUGGUUCCGCACGCUCCACCCCUCCGGCAACCUCAUGUUCACCGCGGGGAGGAUUGACUACAGCAUCCUGGAGCUGAAGGGCGGAGAGCUGCACUACCGCUGGGACCUGGGCAGCGGCGAGGGGCUGGUGGUGGUGACGACGAUACAGGUGGACGACGGGCAGUGGCACCACGUCAAGCUGGUGCGCUACGGCAGCCGCUCCGAGGUGGUGCUGGACGGCAAACAUCACGUCCAGGGCUCCUCACCAGGCUCCUCCGAUCUCCUGAACCUCGAGACACCGCAUCUAUACAUCGGGGCAGAGGUGCGGCCAUGGGCAGGGGCACAGGACCCUCGGCAAGGCCUCGUGGGGUGCAUAGACAACCCUAAGGUGGAUGACAUUCCCCUGCCGCUCACCCACACCUCCGCCUCCAAGGUCGCGUCGCUCACCCAGCUGACCCAUGUGGAGCCGAUGUGCCAGGAGAAGCUGAAGCCGCCGGGGGUGUGCGGGUCGCUGCCCUGCCUCAACGGGGGGACAUGUGAGGAGCGAGGGGCGUCCUUCAUCUGUCAGUGCCACUCUCGGUUCAAAGGUUCCCGCUGUGAGACUGACUCCAACCCGUGUGCGUCGUCUCCAUGCCUCAAUAACGGGCACUGUGUCAACGUCGGGAGCUCGUACAUGUGUGAGUGCCCAGCGAGGGUGUCUGGCCCCCGCUGCCAAUACAUGUACUGCAACCCCAACCCAUGUCUCAACCGUGGGGUCUGCGAGGAGGGGAUAUCCGGCCCCAUCUGCAAGUGUAAAGGCUUCACCGAUGCCUACUGCAACGUGGACAUCAACGAGUGCGCCACCAACCCCUGCCACAACGGAGGGACCUGCAUCAACUCCUACGGCAGUUUCCGGUGCAUGUGUCCCUCCAACACCACGGGGAUGUACUGCCAGGAGGUCAAGGGAGCGUUCUUCAAUAUCGGCCUGGAGGAGAUCAUCUACAUUGUCAUUGGCAUCGUGGCCGUCAUCAUCCUCGGCCUCAUCAUCGUCCUGGCCAUGCACUGCCGGGAGCGCCGAGCCUCGCGCCGUCGCCAGCUCCUCGAACAGACCAACCACGUCAUCCUCAAGCCCAAGAACACCGACAACCACAACAUUUAUAAGCGAAAUUCAAAAAUGAGUAACUUGGAAGCCUCCCAGAAUCCGCACGGUUGCACGCCUCGCCCCGACUCCUACCCCACUAGUCCUAGCGAACCCGCCUACAUGCCGCUAAACAACUUUGACACCAUCCGUAGCUACGGCUCCGCCGGGGACGAGCUUGAAAACCUUCCCCAAUACUCCCGGGAGUUUGUCCAAAACAUAUCCAAGCCCAACAGCCUCUAUCACCACCACACACCCCAGAUUAACCCCCUGGGCACCCUCCGGGGCUCCACCCUGGGCUCCACGGUGAGCUCCACGCUGGGCUCGGCAUUGUGCUCCCCCGGCACGGCCACUCCGGCCGACGCGGACAGCUUACAUAAGCCCUGGAAGGAUGCCCUUGCCCAUAACUUGAAGGACACCUACUAUGAGAAUAACAAGAUACAGAAUGAUGUAAAGUUCCGCCACGGUGAGUACAUGAGCCUCAAGAAGUUAAGUGUUGACAGCGGCGGCAGCACCAGGGACGACGCCAGUGUGCGUUCCGGUGCCUCGGUGGACGACUUGCCAGGCUACCACUGGGAUUGUUCAGACUGGGCCAGACCCUCCCAGAAUCCACUGCCUAACAUCAUGGAGGUGCCCGGAGGAGAAGUGAGGGACUCCUCGUCCUACCACUCCAACGAGUCCAACGAGUCUGUGGUGGUGGAGGCAACCAAGACCCAGCCACUCCUUCCCCCAGUCCAGGGCCCCGUGGACCCCGGGCGGGACAUGGAGACACUGCCGGCGGAUGAGCUGGUCAGCGAGUGCGACACAGAGUUUGAGUUGGAGUCCCGGCCGGACCUGGACACCUCACAGCUACUGGACCCCAACUCGGACGCCGGAGCCGAGUCCGACGCAUCGCUCUUCACCCCGCAGCCCCACAGAUACGAGACUCACCCCAACCAAUACCUUCCACACUACCAAAUUGGCAGUGAAACAGAGACUGAGGAUGAGAGAAGCAAGCUCCUUAAUUCCCUUGAUAACCCUUACAGCGCCUCUUACCAGCCACAGCCAAUCAGUCAGCUCCCUGAGGACCGCCACGGCGUCACAUACUCCCCUUACCGCGUGCGUAGCAAUCGCAGACACGACACAGUGAAGCGUUUCAGUGAGUUCGGCGGAGACAUGUCCGUCAUCUCCGGCGUGGACGAUGAAGAGGAGGGGGCCUCCCUGUGGGGGGGCGCCGCCUCCAACACCUCCGCCUCAGACCUGGACAAUGUCUGUGAUAUUGAGGACUCAGAAGUCAACUCAGAGUUUGAAAUUGAAAAUGACGAUAAAGUCAACAAGAGGUAAAUAACAAAUGACAUAAAUAAAUAAUGAAUGACGUGAAAAUUUACACCGCAAUGAAACAAGAGAAAAGUGCAAAUGUUAAGUUACCAAAGCAAUUGGUUGUGUGAGUUUGGACAGGAAAUAGUUCCUUAAUGGUGAAUAAAUCUGCGACCGAUGGAAAAAAACAAAACAAUGCAAGACUUGAGUAUAUGACGGCAACAGACUGGGAGAGGGACCUUGCCGGCCUGUGUUUCAGCUGCCAUUCCCUAGUGCCUGUACGACAAGUGAAUACUGUAAUGUUUCUUACACUUUAUAUAUC